GAAGGGAGGCACAGCAUCCUCUCCUCUCAUCACCACAACACAGCCGCUGAGUCCACAGCACUCUUCUCUUCCAUUCAACUCCACGCAAAGUCUCUCUCCCUCAGCUACGUUUGCUUCGUUGCCUUGUGUCGCGUUCGUCUCAUCCCUCCUCGUCUUCCUUCUGACACUCUCAUCUCCUCCAUACCAGAUUCAUUGCCAGGCCCCGACUGAUACACUUCCAAUUUCGCACAUCACAUCAGAUCAGAUCAAAUCGAGCGCUAGGCUGUAAGAUCCAUCCAUGGCUCCUUCACAGCAAGUCGCCGCCACCAAGGAGCCAUCCGCCAACGGCACGGCCGCACCAGCCCCCAAGACCAAGACCCCGGCGCUGAACGAGCGGAUCCUCUCCUCGAUCACGCGCCGGUCGGUGGCGGCGCACCCGUGGCACGACCUGGAGAUCGGCCCGGACGCUCCCACAAUCUUCAACUGCGUGAUCGAGAUCCCCAAGGGGAGCAAGGUCAAGUACGAGCUGGACAAGAAGACGGGGCUCAUCAAGGUGGACCGCGUGCUCUACUCCUCCGUCGUCUACCCGCACAACUACGGCUUCAUCCCGCGCACCCUCUGCGACGACUCCGACCCCAUCGACGUCCUCGUCAUCAUGCAGGAGCCCGUCGUCCCCGGAUGCUUCCUCCGCGCCAAGGCCAUCGGACUCAUGCCCAUGAUCGACCAGGGCGAGGCCGACGACAAGAUCAUCGCCGUCUGCGCCGACGACCCCGAGUACCGCCACUUCAACGACAUCAAGGACCUCCCUCCCCACCGCCUCGCAGAGAUCAGGCGAUUCUUCGAGGACUGUGAGUCAUUGAUGACUCUGAUCAGACAAGAAGAACGAGAACAAGGAGGUUGCCGUCAACGACUUCCUGCCGUCAGAGGACGCCUACGAGGCCAUCCAGCACUCCAUGGAUCUUUAUGCUACUUACAUUGUUGAGGGCCUGAGAAGGUAGAAGGAGGAUGCUGCCUGAUGGAUGCUGGUCUGGUGCUGCCUUGCCACUUGCUGCAGAACGAUGUUGACGAAAAAAUUAUGCCUCAUAAACAUACAUACAAUACAUUCUUGUUUUGUUACAUAUAUAUAGUAGUAUAUGAUGAUGGAGCUACACCUCAUCUAAAACAGCCUUGAUCAAGUCAGUAGUAGUCAGAUAAAGAAAGUCACUCCUUUUCCAUCUAGCUUCUGUAAUACGUUUUCCUGGCUGAAUAUGAGAUGUUGGUAUACUGUA